AUGUCUCAAAUUGAAGAUGAUGAAAAAUCUCGACAAAUAGAAAUAUCAGAAAUAAUAACAAAAGACUCUGAGCAAUUAAUAAUAUAUAAUCGUAUACCAAAAACAGGUUCAACAACAUUAACAAAUGCUAUUGGAUAUGAUUUGUGUAAAGUAAAUAAUUUUCAUUCUAUACAUCUUAAUAUGACCAAAAAUAGGUAUAUGAUGAAUCUUAUUGAUCAGGGAACGUUUAUUAGAAAUAUAAGUAAAUGGAAAGAUAAAUUACCUGCCUUCUAUCAUGGUCAUGUUGCUUUCAUUGACUUUACCAAAUUUGGAUAUACUAAUCCUAUUUAUAUUAAUAUGAUAAGAGAACCAUUAGAUAGACUAUUAUCACAUUAUUAUUUUCUUAGAUAUGGUGAUAAUUAUAGAAUUGGAUUAAAAAGAAGUAAGGCUGGAAAUAAUGAAACAUUUGAUGAUUGUAUUAAAAGAAAAGGAAAUGAUUGUGAUAUUAAAAAUAUUUGGCUUCAAAUUCCUUAUUUUUGUGGAUCUCAUUCUUUUUGUUCUGAACCGGGUAAUAAUUUUGCUUUAGAAACUGCAAAAAAAAAUUUUUUAAAUCAUUAUUUAAUUGUUGGAACAACAGAUAAAUUAGAAAAAUUGAUUAAAAUGUUAGAACAUUUAGUUCCAAAAUUUUUUAAAGGUGCCUAUAAACAUUUUAAAGAGUUACCUGCAAGUAAAACUCACUUAAGAAGUACACUAAAAAAAAUUCCACCCACUGAAGAGACAAUAAAUAUUGUAAAAGAAAAUAAAAUAUAUCAAAUGGAAAAGAAUUUUUAUGACUUUGUGGCAUAUGAAUUUGAUAGAACAUGGGAAAAAAUUUUUACAAAGGAUACUUUUUUACAAAAUCAAUAUCAUUAUGAAAAAAUUAAGCCAUAA